UUCAAUUUGAGGUUGUAAUUGUUUUUUUUUUUCUUAACUUGGUAACAUUUUAGACAUGUAUAACAUUUACCUAAGACUGAACGAGACUGUUAAUUUGUUUUUUUUUUUUUUAGUUUUACGUUAUAAUUUGUAUUCAAAAUUUCAAUAUUCUCGUUAUGGUCAUACAUUCUACAUACAAAUUUAAAUAAUAUUAAUCCUCUAGUACAAAAAAUUAAUUAUUAUUAAUAUUCUGUGUAACUAAUUUUUUUUUAUUAUUAUUAUUACCUUGUUCAACCUUGACAAAUUUUUGUAUGUUCAUAUAAUUUAGCGAUAAAAGAAAUGAAUAAUUAAAAACAACAAUUAUACAUAGUAUAAGCUUUUUGAUUUAUUUUUACAUACUUCCAUGCAAAUAGAGAAAAGACUAUUACUUUUUAGUUUGUGACAUCAAAUUUAAUAAUUUCUAUCAAAAGAUACUGUCUGACAUAUAUAAUGUAUCAUGGACGUAGUCAAAGAACUGAUCCAAUUUUGGGCAGCAAGGUUUUAUGGCCAUCAAAUCAUUAUAAAAACAGUUUUCGACGUCUUCGGGUGACAAUAAGGACAAUCCAAAAAAUAGUUUCAGAAGUUGCCCGAUUUCUGAAGUAUUAUCUUUAAAUUCAUUGGAGAGACCAAACUGUUGAAUUUUUCUCCACCAUGACUGACAUAAAUGGAAUCUGCAACCUCUAACUGUAACUUGCUGUAGCUGUGAAGUAAUGGCACUAUGGAUAGCUGUUUCAAAAUCAACGAAAACCGUGCCAACUGUUAGAUAGUUUGAGACCUUAUUUAAUGCAUUAUGCAAGUAUGUAAGUUUCCGUAGUCUUGUUCGAAAGUAGGUUAAAUACGACAGGAACAUAAUUAUUUUGCACCUUGAUAAAAAUAGAAAAUAAUUGGUAAAAUUGCUUAGGACAACUUUUGAAUGUUCCAUCGACAAAUAAUGUAGUGGCUUUCUUGAGUUGUUCCAAGUUCUGCGUUCAUGUAAAUGUAAUUAAUAAUAUAUUGUUGACAGAAUCGUUGUCAUAAAUAAAGUUUUCUCCGAGAUUAGUUAUUAACGAAUAUUCACUGACACUUUUAUGCAGUUCUUCAAGAUUAGAAGGUAACUUGGGAAUUGUUCUUAAUUUAGCAAAAUUCAAAUUUUUACGGAUUCUGUUAAUAUCAUUUUGAAGUAGUGAGUCACUAUGAUUGUUUAAAGCUAUCUCCUUGCGUAUAAUUUUAGAUGGUCGCUCUGUAAUAAGUUAAUCACAUUUUUUUUUUAAUGAAUUUGUCAAUUGUUGUCGCACAAGUGUUGUACCAUCGUCUUCUUUUUCGUGGUUACCUAUGUGGCUAUGUGUUAAUACUUCUUUACAUAAACAAUCUCCAUUCAACUUAACGUAUGCUUUACAUUUUCGUUUUGUACAUAUCCACCUCUGUAUGUUAUCUGCUAGGUUCUAUUGGAAUCCAAACUUGUAAUUGUCAAUAAUCAACAACUUAGUUCCCUUUUCACUAAACAUAAACUCCAUAAUUACGAAAAAAUAAAAUAUGAAGUACAAAUAACAAAUUUAUACGAUGUGUUCGAGACUUAUACGAUUUGAAAGUGUACAGUGCUCACUGCUCACUAACAUUAUUGUCAUUCGCACAUAGGAUAAUAUAGUGAAGAUAGGUAUACCAUACAGCGAUAAAAUUACAUAUUAUAUCCUCAAUCGUUAUUUUAAUUGAUCAUUUAAUUAUCAAUAUAAUAUCAUCGAUAAUUUGCUAAACUGCCAAUAUAUAAAUAUUUAAGAUAUUGCCAUGAAGGCACAUUUAUAUUUUAUACUACCUAUCUAAUUUAUAUUUUGUACCAAUUUUUAGAAAUUAAAAAUUACCUGUACGCAAACGGAAACCAAUUCAGCUCAACUUAAUAAAAUACCUUUUUCAAACGGGAACCGAUUCGGUUACUCCCAAAAUAAUAAAUCGGAAGUUUUAAUUAUUUAAGCAUACCUAUACCUAUAUUGAUACGUCACAAAUUUACCAAUUUUUUGCCAAAAAGUAAUAUAAUUACAAGUAUUAUGACGCGCGCAGGUAUAGUUUUACUCGUAUUAUUAUUAUAUUAUAUAUAUAUAUAUAUAUAUAAGGUAGGUACCUAUACACCUACCUUCGUACAGCUACGCGUAGUAUUGUUACAACUUACAACCAAGUUGAGCGCGUGAUAUUUUGUUUUUCCCCUCUCGUCAUCCGCGACUCGUGAACUGGUCCAAACACCUGACACUAUAAUAUAUAAUGUGUAUUUACUAUUAACGGCGGCCAUAAAAUAAUAAUAAUAAUAAUAGUAAUAGUAAAAAAAAAGCCGAAUUCAAAAUGAAAAUUAGGCAUAUGCACACCACAACGACGUGUAUAUACAACACUACGGCGUGUUUGCAUUCGCGCUGAACAUGUUUUACAUAAAGUUGUACGUUUUUAUUUGUGUUUUAUUGUUUACCGUAGUGCUACCGUUACUGUCUGCCAAGACAAACCAAAAUUGUGAAGUGGAGUACAAUGAUGAAGUGUCGUCAUCGGAGAAAAUACUUCGAUGGUUGACCGAUCCUUGUCGGUACGACAAAACAGUAGCCCCAGGAAAACUCGUUGCGCACAAUCCAAUCGUUGUGUCAACUAGAAUUCAUGUGUAUCACUUAACUUCUGUGUAUCCGCGUAACCUGGACUUCAAAGUGAGGAUAUUGUUACAAUUCCGGUGGAGAGAUGUCCGAUUAGCAUUUGAAAAUUUAGUACCUACGGAAUCUUCUGAAGUGGUGUGUCAAAAGGGAGUAUUAGAACGAAUAUGGAUACCAAACGUGUACAUUGCCAACGAAAAACACUCAUUGACGGUGGCCGAUAUGACCGAAGACUUGAUAGUCACCGUGUUACCUGAUGGAACUGUGAUGUUAUCGGUCAGGUUGAAGACAUCCGUAUUCUGUUGGGUGAAGCUAGGCAGAUUCCCAUUCGACCGUCAACAGUGUCACUUGAUCAUGGAAACCUGGAGGUACGACACCACACAAUUGGUGCUUAAUUGGGAAGUCGAAUCUCCAGUCACCGCGGCCCUAAAUGAUAACUCGUGGGUUCCUUACUUGACGGAAUACAAAUUGCUGAAAAUAAUACCACACAGCUCCGAACAUUAUGUCGAACCAAUUUCUCUGGACCCAACUUCUACUUACCGUUACACAUCGUUGACGUUAACGUUCCUACUAGCCAGAGAGUACGGGUUCUACAUCAUGGACUAUUACAUGCCGGGCAUAUUGUUGGUGACGAUUUCGUGGGUGUCGUUUUGGAUGGCGCCCGACGCCGCGCCCGCGCGUGUCGCUAUCGGUACAAGCACAAUGCUCACAUACUUCCAGCUGGGUAUCGACACGGGCUCCAAACUACCUAACGUGUCAUAUAUUAGAUCUAACGACUUAUGGUUUAUCGUGUGCACCGCGUUUAUAUUUCUCUCGUUGGCUGAAUUUGCAUUUGUCAACACAAUAUGGCGAUACGGAUGUCACCCCGUCAAGUUAAAAAGUAAAUCCAACAAACAAAUGUUUAAGUCAUCGAUCAAAGCGAGCAAAAUGUCUAAGUGGAUAGUCAAUAAUGAGCAACCGCAACAAACCAUUGCAGCCGGUGGUUUAUUUCUCGACGGAAUAAGGUUACAAAACAAUGGUACGACAGAAUUGAACGCAGAACUGCCUUACACGAUGGAAAUGAAAGCGAUGGGCAAGGUAAAAUUCAAGGUAUCUGAAGAAUCAGCACGUCAAUUGCAUGGCGGUUUAACAACUACGGCUCAACAGAUUUCGAUUUGGAUCGACGAAAAAAGUAGGAUUGUGUUUCCAGCAUCGUUCAUUCUGUUUAAUGCAGUGUAUUGGAGCUUAUUGUGGGUUUAACGAAAAUUUCGAUGACCUUUGGAAAUGGUUGUACGCAACUUCAACGUGAAACGAGAAUUUCGAGGGGAAAUUCGGUGGGACUAUAGGUAUACCGGUAAUCUACUAGUACCAUCCAAAAUGUUCUACGAAGGACAAAAAAAUUAAUGGUAUACUGUAUAAUACCGUACACACAUAUAGUAAGAUACUAUUGCCUUUGUUUAAAUGUAAAUAUAGCUAAAUACAAAUUCAAUCGUCGCCUAUGAACUAAAAAUUAUAAUGUACCUACCUAUUGUGUUUGUGGAUUUUUAAUGUCAUGAAUAUAUUUAUAACUUUUUUAAAUUUUUCA